AUGCCCGUCCCUACCGCACCUCCCGCUCCACCAUUCACGCUCGAGACCGUCCUCGACCUUCUCGACACCCCAGGCAAGCUCAAAGUCAACCUCCUCUAUCCGGACGUCCGACGUCUCGAGUUGCGGCAACGCUUCGAAGAGUCCGCGGGCGCACGACCCGGGAAACUUCCGCCUCCGACUCUGGGUCUGUGCUCGGUGUGGAGCAGCGUUUCGAACGUCCAGCUGCCUCAGAAGGCUCAUUGGGACCUCGAAAGCAGCGACCCGAAGCACAUUGCGAAAGCCCUCCUCGUUCUUGGACUUCUUUACAUCGAGCGCCUCGGAGAGACGAUGCGUACGCUGGCGUCGCACGCUGACGCUUCUGUGGAUUUCGCUUGGGAUAUGGCCGAGCUCAUCGCGGAGAGCCUGCACAUCACAUCGAACGAGGCUGUAGCGGAAGAAGCGCGCCAUUCCGUAUGUGCGAGUGAGCUUGCGAAGCUGCAGCAGUUCUGGGCACCGCACGACGGCCAGGCAUCGUGGGCGUCCUUCGGCGUACGCGGAUGGAGCCGGCUGAUGUUCUUCGGCGGCCUGUUCGACAGCGGCGUAGCGACUGUAGAAGAGUACGUCCAGUUACUGGAGCACCUCAUAGAGGGAGGCACGCCGUGUACCUUCCGCCUCAAAGCCGUCAAGGUGGCGGCCGAGUUCGGCGACAAGCGCGUCCGGUCGCUUUGUAGCGCCGAUCUCGGUCUGGUCGUGGACACGCUUGAAACCAUAAACCGCAGAGGAAACAGGACGUGGACGUUGGGUGGACAUCUGGGCGCGGCAAAGAUGUUGAAGGAGAUCCGGUAUAGGAUUGACGGCUGGCGCGCGGCGGCCCACAGGAACGACGAGUGA